GAGGCAGCUCCUUGCCCGGGCUUUGGGACAGCUUCUGACGCCGUGUACACCAAGUUUUGGACCCAUUAUAAGGUGCCUGAUGAUAUGGUUGAGCAAGGGAAGGCGGUACUGACUAGGGCUUGUCAGAGGUUGACAAGGCAACAGUGGUACAAUCAGAAGCAUACCUGCAUCGGGCACUUCAAGGCUGAGCAGGGCACGAGGGUCAAGAAAGCUGACAAUAUCAGGGACGAUCAUCAGCUGACAAAGGAAGAUUACUUGAAGGUUAUGCCCCUAUGGUGCGAGAAUAAGGAAGACGCAUUUGAGGCCUUGGUAGCGAGGUGGGUUGGCGAAGACGCCGACUUCAACGCCAAGAGCGCGCGCAACAAGGCAAACCGGGGCACUGGAGGAACACACAGUGCGGGAAGCCGCAGCACUGAGCGCUACAGGAAGCACAAGGAGGCGGAACUCGGGGAGCCUCUCACCGAGGUGGGAGGGUGGCAGAAGAUGAAGCUGAAGCAGCCCGAUCUGAGCCAGCCUCAGCCCUCGCUGCCCGAGUACUUCGGCUAUGCCGAAGAGGAGUUGGAGAAGUACUGCUCGGUGUUCAAGGGUCUUCAUCCGGAGGUGGAUGAUCCUAUUGAGCAGGAGACCGACUUGACGGCGAUUAUGGUGGCGGGGAGCGGCGCGGAGCAUGGCCGCACGAAGCUUCUUAGUGGGGUGAUCAAGCCGCAGAGGACCCUCACGCAGAUCAGGUCUACCCUCACCACCGGCGACCCACCAGUCGCGCCUCCUCGACACCGUCGUACGGAUGCUCACUUUGAGGCCGCCUACGCGGCCGCUUAUGAGAAGUAUUUGAUGGUUGUAGCAGAGUGGGACCUCAAGAGAGCGGCUUGGGAAGAGUACCAGGAGGCGACGAGUCGUGCGCUCAGGACGUUCUUCUUGACUGGAGAGAGGAUCGCACUUCCGGCCGAGGAGCCAGCUAGGCCGGGGCCGACUCCAGUGUGCCCAUCGAGGGAAGCUUUCGCGGCCACAUACUACGCACGGACUCCGGUUAUUCAAGAACCAAGAAUACAAGAUGAAGUGAAGGAACACUAG